AUGGCUGCGUCCACCCGGUCUGUCUGCUCCAGUGACCUGACCUACGGCGGCCGCGUCUGCCUGCCUGGUUCCUGUGACUCUUGCACAGACUCCUCCUGGCAGGUGGACGACUGCCCAGAGAGCUGCUGCGAGCCUCCCUGCUGCGUCCCCAGCUGCUGCCAGCCCCUUUGCUGUGUCCCCAGCUGCUGUCAGUCCUCCUGCUGUGUCCCCAGCUGCUGCCAGCCCUCUUGCUGUAUCCCCAGCUGCUGCCAGCCCCUCUGCUGCACCUCCUUACCCUGCCAGCAGUCCUGCUGUGUGCCCGUCUGUUGCACACCCGUCUGCUGCACACUCAUCUGUUGCACACCCGUCUGCAGCAGGCCCGUGUGCUGCAUGUCCAUCUCCUCUGGGGCCGCCCCCUGCCCAGCCCCCUCGUCCUGCUGCAGACCCUCCUCCUGCAUGUCCCUCAUCUGCCGCCCCGUGUGCUCCCGCGCGGCCUGCUGCAUGCCCAUCUCGGCCCAGAAGCCCUGCAUUUCAUCCAGCAUCCUUCUCUUUGGCCUGGUUGUCCUGCCCUAUCUCACCUCCCACCCACCGCCCACCAUGGCCGCGUCCACCCUGUCUGUCGGCUCCAGCGACCUGACCUACAGCAGCUGUGUCUGCCUGCCUGGUUCCUGUGACUCUUGCACGGACUCCUCCUGGCAGGUGGACGACUGCCCAGAGAGCUGCUGCGAGCCUCCCUGCUGCGUCCCCAGCUGCUGCCAGUCCUCCUGCUGUGUCCCCAGCUGUGGCCAAUCCAGCUGCUGUGUCCCCAGCUGCUGCCAGCCCCCCUGCCUGACCCUCGUCUGUGCCCCAGUGAGCUGUGUAUCCAGCCCCUGCUGCCAGGCGGCCUGUGGGCCCAGCCCCUGCCAAACAGUCUGCACCAGCUCCUGCACGCCCUCAUGCUGCCAACAGUCUAGCUGCCAGUCCUCCUGCUGCACCUCCUCCCCCUGCCAGCAGGCCUGUUGCACACCCAUCUGCUGUAAGCCCACCUGUUGCACACCCAUCUGCUGCAAGCCCCUCUGUUGCACACCCGUCUGCUCUGGGGCCGCCCCCUGCCCCUCGUCCUGCUGCAGACCCACCUCCUGCGUGUCCCUCAUCUGCCGCCCCGUGUGCAGGCCCGCCAGCUGCGUGCCCAUCUCCUCCUGCUGUGUCCCCGCUUCCUCCUGCCAGCCCAGCUGCUGCCGCCCGUCCUCCUGCAUGUCUGUCAUCUGCCGCCCCGUGUGCUUCCGCCCGGCCUGCUGCGUCCCCGCCUCGGCCCAGAAGUCCUGCUGCUGA